AUGAUCGUUGUUACUCCCGAUAUCGAAUCCGAUGCAGCUUCCACCCAUACUCUCGUGACACCACCAAAAUACCAAGAAACACCUCACCACCUCCCCAGAAUCAUCUACUCCUCUCUUCUGAUAUCCACCCUCGCUUUCGUCUUCGCCAUCGUCAAUUAUGUUACCUAUUAUCACUACUACGACGUGCCAGCGGGCAUUGUGGCCCCUAUUCUAGCAUAUGUAUCGACAGUACCACAUCACUGUGCUGUGAUUCUAUUAAACUGGCUUGAACGCCAUCAAAGCGAGUCCAUAUUCCCGUUUGCACCAGCCUCAUUGCGCGGAAUCCUUUAUUCUUUGGUACCCAUAUCAUUGUGGGCAGCAUCUACAACAGUCUCUGCUAUCAAUCUACACAGAGACAGCGCGUCGUGGUCGAGUUGCACGUAUAAACCAAUACAAAAUGCCAAUGGGACAUACAGCGUCUUUGUCGACUGCGAUAACAUAAUUACCUACCACCCCACUAUUGCACACGACUACUGGUGUUCAUUCACUUCAACACUCACUUCCGCCUUGGAGCUACUCCUCGCCCUUAUCAUCACUUCCAUUUGCUUUAUGCAUUAUCGACGGCGCCAGAAGGCUGUACUACCCAAUAAUGAACCUUCAUCUUCCCCAAGUUCUACCCCGUCCGAGUCGAAGGUUGUCUCUGCGUAA